UCUUGAAUAGCAAACAUGGAUGAAACUCUCUUAACAUUUGGUGCCAGUUUAUUUGGUGUUGACCUGUUUGUUCGAGUCCUUACCACUGGAUUUUGGCCUACACAGUCUGCACCACCAAGAUGUAAUAUCCCACAAGCUCCCAGAUCAGCCUUCGAAACUUUUAGACGAUUUUAUCUUGCUAAACACAGUGGCAGACAGUUAACACUACAACCACAACUUGGUUCAGCUGAUUUGCAUGCUUGUUUCUAUGGUCCCCGUAAAGAAGAAAGUAGUGAUGGUGCUAGUGCCAGUUCAUCAAAAGGGCCUCGUAAACACAUUAUUCAAGUAUCAUCAUUCCAGAUGUGUGUCUUAAUGCUAUUCAAUACCCAUGGGAAAAUGACCUAUGAGGAUAUAAAAAGUGAAACAGAUAUUCCAGAAAAAGACCUACUCCGAGCCAUCCAAUCUCUUGCUGUUGGUAAGAUAGCCCAACGAGUCCUUCAUAAAGAUCCAAAGACUAAAGAAAUUGAACCAGAUCAUGUCUUUACUGUUAAUGACCAGUUUACAUCUAAACUUUUUAGAGUUAAAAUACAAACAGUGGCUGGCAAUAAAGGAGAGGCUGAACCAGAGCGUAAAGAGACCCGGAAUAAAGUUGAUGAAGACCGAAAACAUGAGAUUGAAGCUGCAAUUGUCAGGAUCAUGAAAGCCAGAAAAAAGCUACAACAUAAUGUAUUAGUUGCAGAGGUCACUGAACAACUAAAAGCUCGAUUUCUACCUAGUCCAGUGGUCAUUAAAAAACGCAUUGAAGGCUUGAUAGAGCGAGAAUAUUUGGCUAGAACACCUGAAGACAGAAAAAUGUAUACAUAUCUUGCAUAAUGAGUUGUCACCUAGCCAGCAGCUACAAGUCAACAUCCAGUGUUUUAUGCCAUUUAAUGUGAUUGUAUAUAGAUAUAAAUAAUAAUAAAAAAGUCAAUAAUUGCACCAUUACAUGCUGUUAUGAUCCAACGAUGCAUUCUUUAUGCUAUCUGAGCAAUUGUCUUUAAACUAUUGGCAGUAUGUUUUAUGGUUAAAAAACAACAACUAAAUAAGCUAACUAUUCAAAUUGACCUUGCUGAAGAUUCUGGUGAGAUUCUAAAA